AUGCCCAUGGCGUUGCAUGCAGUCGCGCAAUUGCUCGAUCGAGCAGUCGAUGCGACCCCUUCGACCCCUUUGACGACUCCGCCCUCAGCCUAUCACGCAACCGACGAUAGCGUUUCUGGGAUGACUGACAGGCACAAAUGUGUCACAGGCGCCGUCAGGGCGAGCUGCGAGUUCUGCAGGAAGCGCAAGAUCAGAUGCCUGCCCCCUCCACCUGAACGGGCUCCCUCACGAGCAAGACAGGACGACGAGCCGGGCGGAUCACGUCCUUCUUGCCAGGCUUGUACGGAGCGUGGACUGUCGUGCCUCUUCCUGACGAUUCAGUCAAUGGGAAGACCGCGGAAAGAUGCUCAGGCAGUCAAGGCACCGGCUGCGCCCGCUCUGCGACAUCAUGCCAAGCGCAAGGCGGAUCCAGCCUGGGCACCUAGACCCUCUCGCGAGGCAAGCAAACGGGCACGAGUGACGUCCAAGUCAGGACCGGCAUCCGCCGCCAGACCGCCAGCGAGCACGCAUACGGGCUCAUCAAGCAGCGAAUCCGACGAGCUUGAGCGAAUACACCCAACAGUACCCAGUCGACCUGAUACGCCCACGGAUCACUUGAGGCAUCCCAGCGGCUCAUCUUCAGGGCUUGUCUACGGUGCGGACAGCAGGAUUGCUCAGUGGUCUCGAGGCGUAGCAUCGGCACAGCGCCUACCAGGUCCAUCGACAGCCUCCUGGCAAAGAGAGCUCGGCGUCCUUGAAGCGCGAGAGCAACGUCACCGCUACGUAGCUAUGCCUAGAUACCAGCUCCAAUUCCAAGCCGGCAAAGGCCUUGUCGGAACAGGCAACCUCAUUCCUUCAGGUCGACCCGCUACCCUCGCCUCUCCCGCCCGAGCGUACGAGGAAUCUGCGACCCGCUUCUCGCCAUACUCGCCGGCAGCACACCUGCCGAUCUUGUCGCCAAACAGUCUCGCAUCGCCACCAUCUACCGCGCCAGGGCUCGCAAGCUCGGAUGAUACGACUUCAGAGACCAGUGCGGAGCCAGAUCUGCCCGUCGAUGCACUAGCCGAACAAUGUCAGACAUCUGCGCGGCCGGAUCUGCAAGCAAAUGUAUCUCGUCUUCGACAAGUCCAGAGGCUCAAUGGCGUCUGGGAGGCAUUUAGCAGCGAUACAAUCGGUACAAUGACAGAAACGUUCUUUGGUCUCGUCACUGGCGGACAUACGUCUGUUGCCCGCGCGAACGGGCAGGAGACCUCUAAUGCGACCCGUGCGCUCUAUGCCGCCGCGCUCAGUGCCCAAUCAAACCGACGUAAGCUUGGUAAGGGCAGCGCCAGCGAGAUUGCCGUCUUCUCGCGUGCCAUGAUGACCUCGCGACUAUGGCCUCUCAUCUCCGUCGACCUUGUGUCGCUUGUCACAACGGGCACAACCUCUCCAUCUGCCUACGCUCCACCCGAUCUCGUCGGCAAAUCGAGUAACAUCCCACUAUUUGUCCGAAUGUGGUACAACGACAGUUCAGCGCCAUUUGACCAAGCGGGCUCGGCAACAGCCACGCCCGAGCCGUCCAAUCCACUGCUUAAGAUCUCAAGUGAAGAAAUCAGGACGAUCUUCAGUCGAUGGCAUGACAAAUUUGCGCUCAAUCUGUGCUUAAACGAUACCUCAUUCCUGUCAGAUCUGGAGGAGGGCAUAUGUGAUCCAGCGCUUGUCUGUGUCAUCGUCGGAACUGCCAUCAGCCGCAUCAUACCCGGCAACCACUACGAUUGUCUCGGUCAACGGACGCCAGCGGACAGUCAUUCCUGCGCUAACUUGCACGCACUGCCUGACAGUUCAUCAUUCUUCAAGUAUGCCGAAUGGCUUCUAUUCGGUCGCGCAGGCAGCGGCAAGGUGCAUCAAGUUUCGACCAUUCAGGCACUCAUUAUCUGGGGAGGUCAUGAAAUAUCAAACACCCGGCCUAAACGUGCUUGGGCUCUCUUCGGCACUGCGCACGCUCUUGUGCGCGCUAUCUUACCUGGUCGUCUUGCCUCGAGAUCCUCUCAGCCUCAGCAUUCGGUUGCAGAGCCUACGCGCGCAGACGUGGAAAGCGAGACAUUGAUUUCUGCUUGCUGGUCAAUCUCACUACUUGCAGCAUGGACCUUUCUGUGCCUAAGGAUGCCCUGCGAUUCACUUGCUGAGCUAGCGCAAGGAUUACCGCUGCCGCCGGCCAGUCCAUCCGAAUCAAGAAGCUGGCGAUACCGCAUGCGACCCAGCAGUAAGCGCCUAGCGAGCUGUGACGACAGCAUCACAAAGUCGAUGGCUGUCUUCUCUGACGCUUGUCGCACUCUACAAACGAUUGUUUCAAGCAUGUCCAAGCCCGAGCGUUCCGCGCACGGGCAGGAGCAGCAGUCAACGCUGACACUCCCUUGCUCGACCUUUUCGCAGGCAACAAUGGCAGACCCUCGCUUGUCACACCUCGCAGUGUUCAAUAGCGCCGUUGCAUCGUAUAUGAUCGACACGGCUACGAGCCUCAUUGGCACAGCCCCGUCAGCACAACACCUGCCGACUGACUUGCUCGCCGGCCAAUCGAGGCGGACAAACCCAUUUCUUGCAACAGUCCUCGCAACACUGGCACUCCAUCGGAUCGUUCCAUUCAAUCAGAAACAAUCUCAGCUCAACCUGCCCAUCGUUGCUGUACAAUGCGCGCUGCGAGCCAUUGAGAUUCUCAAUGAAGCAUCAGCACGACCGCUUGCCGCGUUGCAUCACGAUAUAGCGAAGGACAGUGACGGACUCGAUGAUCUCCGGCUUCAACCAAACAACGAGCAUCUUGGGGUAUUGCGCAUUGUCUCUGACGCUUUGCCACAAUGCUUGAAGCUCAUGGACAACCUAGCCGCCACCCCCGACGCGAGUGAAGUCCUCAGCCUAUUGACCGACGAGGAAGCUCGCAUAAUGCGCUUACUCGACAAUCUGACAGCGUUUGUCCGUCACGCCAUGAAUCCAGCUGCGGUUCGACACCUUGGCGAGCUUCAACUCAGCGCAGUCAGCCUACAGUAUCUUCGGCGAGCGGCCAUCGGUUCUCCGAUGCAGUCGCCGCUGGAGCUUCCCGAAGGCAUGCGGAGCGAGACCGACCAGGUCCUCUACGAGCUGCUUGACAGCUUCAUCAAUCGGAGUCGCGAGGGCACUCUAACGCCAACUCGUAGCAACACUCCCUUUGAUCUCGAGCUAGUCUAG